CUUAGUUAGGUGUUCGUCUGAUUCCGAGGUCGACGUGCCUCGUCGUAUAUCCGUAAUGGUUCCUUCAUCACUGUAUUCUUGCCAAAAGCGUGCUCUCGUGCAGUGUCCGAUGUGACAAGUAUGCCUAUACCUAGUCUAUCGAAUUUCAUACCUUCUAUAGUACCACUCGCUGCUAUCAUUUACCUACACGUGUCGGAAUGGAGUGUACCUUUGAGCACCGAAACUUGGGAUUAUGAAUACGAUUAUAUAAUUGUUGGAGGAGGUUCUGCAGGAGCUGUUCUAGCCAACCGCCUCUCUGAAGAUAAAGAUGUCACUGUACUACUACUAGAAGCAGGGACUAAUGAGAAUUACGUUACGGACAUUCCAGUACUUGCUGCCUUUCUACAACUAUCACCAUUAGAUUGGGGAUAUGAAACUGUAACUCAGGAAGCCUCUUGUUUUGGGUUACUUGGAAGAAAAAGUCGAUGGCCCAGAGGAAAAGUACUCGGUGGAAGCAGCGUAUUAAAUUAUAUGUUAUAUAUCAGAGGAAAUAGAUAUGAUUACGAUAUUUGGGCUGCAAAUGGUGCAACUGGUUGGAGUUGGAAAGAUGUAUAUCCGUAUUUCUUAAAAUCAGAAGAUAACAGAGAUCCUUCUGUAGUCAGAAAUGGAUUCCACAACACAGGAGGAUACUUGACGGUGUCCACACCACCUUAUGCAACACCGUUAGCUCAUGCUUUUGUAGAUGCUGGAAAAGCUAUGGGCUAUCAUAAUGUAGAUCCCAAUGGUGCUUUUCAAACCGGAUUCACUAUACCUCAGGGCACUCUACGAAGAGGGGCACGAUGUAGUACUGCCAAAGCUUUUCUCAGGCCAGCCAAAAAACGAAAAAAUUUAGAUAUCGUCAAUCAAGCAUUUGUCACUAAAAUCCAUUUUGAUAAAUGGAAACGAGCCAGAGCUGUCGAGUUCGAUCGAGUCGGUUUAACUCAUAUCGUAAAAAGUCGGAUAGAAAUCAUUGUCUCGGCAGGAGCCAUCAAUUCUCCUCAACUUUUAAUGCUAUCUGGCAUCGGUCCUAAACAUCAUUUAAGAGAAAUGGGAAUCCCAGUGAUAGCCGAUCUUCCAGUAGGUUACAAUCUUCAAGAUCAUAUAUAUCCAGGUGGAGUUCAUUUUCUAGUAGACGAACCUGUAUCUGCUGUCCAAUCUAGAAUAUUUAAUUUAUACGACAUUACUAAGUACCUGACAUUUGGAAAAGGACCAUUAACGAUGUUGGGUGGUCUCGAAGGACUAGGCUUUGUAAAUACCAAAUAUGCCAACAAGUCCAUCGAUUUUCCCGAUAUUGAAAUACACUUUAUAUCAGGAUCUCCAUCUUCUGAUGGAGGGCAAACUUUCCACCGUGUUCAAGGCAUAACUGAUGAGCUCUGGGAUAAGAUAUAUCGACCUUUCCUUUUUUGGGACACCUUCUCUUUUUAUCCAGUUCUUCUAAGGCCUAAAAGUCGUGGAUUUUUAAAACUUCGUUCGAAAGAUCCCUACGAAUAUCCCCAUAUAGAUCCACGUUACUUGACUCAUCCUGAUGAUAUCAACGUUAUGGUCGAUUCUAUGAAAUUUUCUUUAAAAUUAGGUGAGAGCAAACCGUUCAAAGCGUACGGUUCUCGAAUGUUUCCAGUAAAAUUUCCGGGAUGCGAACAUUUCAAAAUGCUCUCCGAUGAGUAUUUAGCUUGUGUGGCACGCGUGUACACUUGUACCAUUUACCAUCCUGUGGGAACUUGCAAAAUGGGAUCUGCGCACGAUCCUACUACCGUGGUUGAUUUAGAAUUACGAGUGAAAGGGGUAUACGGUUUGCGAGUUGUGGACGCAUCCGUUAUGCCAACGAUAAUUUCUGGAAAUACCAAUGCUCCCACCAUAAUGAUAGCAGAGAAAGCAUCUGACAUGAUUAAGGCCUGGAGGAAGCAUCAUUAUCGAAGAAAGAUCAGACGGUGACAUAAAUUAUUAGGUGAUGGCAUCAAUUUACGUAUCGAGAGUGGCCAAGUGUGACAAAUUCUGUAUAUUAACAAGUCACUGCCAAAGUCCAGUCGUCACUUAAAGCUGUCGUUGCCAAUGAAUGUGAUCAGUUAGGCGCAAAUUCGACAAAAAAAACUCCAUAUGCAGUAUGUA